CCACCGGAAAAUUAAUUAAAAAAUAAAUGAUAACAACAUACGAGUAUUAUUAUGUUACAGCUCGUGCCUCAUGCGGUUAAUUUAUAACUAAUCCAGUUUUAAGACAAAGCUCGCGUGUUGCUUUCGGGUGCUUAUUCAAAAAACGCAAAAUGGUUGAUUCACAACAAGAUGCAGAGGCAACGAAAAGCAUUGGGGUUUUGAAACCCACAAACUCUGGCGAACGAAGGUCUGAGGCCGUCUUCAAUGAUUGCUGUUGUUGCAUACAGCUAAGGAAAGGAUGUCUCAUACUCGGCUAUAUGAGUCUGGUCGGCAAUGUGGUGUAUGGAUUUGCUUAUAUAAUACUAAUAUAUAUCAUUGCAAGCGAAAUUAAGAGUACGUCAGAACUUUUGGAAAACCAUCGUUCUAACACUACAUUUUUGAUGAUAUACGCCAUAGACUUGAUUUUAGCUCUGAUUUCAAUACCAUUUAAUAUACUUCUUCUAAAUGGGCUGCAUAAAGAGAGACGAAGAUUCGUGAAAAUCUACAUCAGAUUUCAGUUGGUGAUGUUGGUAUUAGAUAUACUUCGGAAACUUGUUGCAAUGAUAAUGAUGUCAGAGAAGUUGGACCUCUUAACCAUUGCUGCAGUCCUGAUCGAUCUUGGGUUGAACAUCUAUUUUCUUCUUGUGGUGAGGAGCCAGUACGAGAAGAUGGGUGAAGCCGCAGACAGCUUGCCUGGCCAACAGGCGCGGUACCAGGACGGUCGUGUACAAGUCGAACUAUAAGUUUAAGUUAUUUAAAGCCUACAGUUAUUAAUUACCCUAUGGUUAUAAUAAUAAAAAAUAACGCUUUAAUUACACAGUCCUUAUUUGCGUUGCUUUCUAACAGAAAUACUGAGAGUGUACCUUAACUUAUGUAUCUACGUAAUGUACGGAACUCCAAAUUUUUGCCAUGUUCAUGUUCGGAUU